AUGAUGAAACUAAAUUCUCACUUCCUUUCUCUUCCACUCUUCUUCUUCCUCUUCUUGUUCUUGUCUCCUUCAUCUGCCACCUACAAUCAUAAAUCUCCUUCUCCUCCUGCUCCUGAUUGCCAUCAACCUUCCUCUCCUGUUCCGAGCGACAAACCUUCUUCUCCUGUUCCAAGCCAUAAACCUCCUUCUCCUGUUCCAAGCAGCAAGCCUCCUUCUCCUGUUCCUUCAAGCCAUAAACCUUAUUAUCCUGUUCCGAGAGACAAACCUUCUUCUCCUGUUCCAAGCAGCAAGCCUCCUUCUCCUGUUCCAAGCAGCAAGCCUUAUUCUCCUGUUCCUCCAAGCCAUAAACCUCCUUCUCCUGUUCCAAGCAGCAAGCCUCCUUCUCCUGUUCCUUCACCUGCUUCGAACAAUCAACCUUCCUCUCCUGUUCCUUCUCCGGUUUCUUAUACUCCUACUUCUUCCUCUCCUUCUCCUCUUUCUGAUUCCCCUUCUUCUCCCUCACCCCCUUUGGAUGGUAGCUACAAAGGUUGCUUCUCCAAAGUAUUUGCUUUUGGUGACUCAUACACUGACACCGGAAAUGCUCAAUUCAUGGGUGAGAUUGCAUCUUCUGGUUCUAAAAACCGGUUAUCUAAUGGCCGCAUGGUCAUUGAUUACCUCUGUGAUGCUCUCUCCAUUCCCCCCUUGUCACCCUAUAAGGACAGUAAUGGAAAUUUCGAUAAUGGCGUGAACUUUGCAGUAAGCGGAUCAACAUGUCUUCCAAAAGACUGCUUUACCAAUGGAACAAUCCCUCACGCAUUGAUGUUUGACGGGGCAAUUAGGACCGUGGAAACUCAGAUAGAAUGGUUCCAUGAGCAUGUUCAAAAUGUGGCAUGUAAAGGGAAGGAUGUGGACACUUGCAAGACUGAAAUGUCGAAAUCGCUCUUUUGGAUCGGUGCCAUGGGUGUCACUGACUAUACUCGGGCUUCUGGUUCUUCUUCUUUCAACAUUCAGAGGAUUGCAGACAUGUCUAUUACUCAUAUGAGCAAACUUAUGCAGACAUUGUUGGAAAGUGGUGCAAAGAACAUUGUGGUUCAUGGUCUACCACCGGUGGGGUGCCUUUCAUCUGGUAUUUCGCUAUGUCCAUCAAGAAAUUAUGACAAAAUGGGGUGUUCCAUGACUACCAACACAGCGGUAAUGAUCCACAACAAAAUCCUUCAACGGACCAUCACAAGGUUUCAGAGUCAAUUCCCUCAGUGUAAAAUCUUGUAUGCCGAUUACUGGAAUGCAUACAUGAAAAUAUUUACGAAUAAAAAACAGUAUCAUUUCGAAGAGCCCUUCAAGGCAUGUUGUGGAGCUGGUGAUGGCAAGCUCAACUUCAACUUGAAUUCAGUAUGCGGCUCGCCUGGCACAUCCAGCUGCAAGGACCCUAGCAAGUACAUGAAUUGGGAUGGGAUCCACCUCACAGAGUCCAUGCAGCACCACCUUUCUGAUCUCUUCCUCAAUCAAAACUUCUGUCGUCCAUCGUUCUCUCAGUUUUUCAAGAAUAAGAUGGGUGGCAUCUAGAUGUUUCAUGCCCAUGGUUGCCUUCCCUUCUUUGUUUUUCCCCUCUUGAUCUUUGAAAAAAAUAAUUUUCCCGGGCUCCGGAUGGCUACAUUCAGAGAGCAAGUUAAAUAAAGCUGUGUCCCCAGAGAAUUUUGUAGAUUGAUAGUAAUGUAUGUCUAGAUUGUAUAAUGCAGUUAGAGAUGGAAGUAGUUAGUAUAAAGCAGUCGAAGACAUCAAUUGUAUUAAUCAUUCCAAGGAAUGGUACUAAUAAGAGGCUAUUAUUGCUUCCUUUUCUAUUAGAAUUGUUUCUUCCCCAAUUCAAAUGUUCAUUCUAGGCUGCAUUUGUUUCAAGUUAAUGUUUGUAAUUAGUAAAAAAAAAAAAUCUUGAGAAAAGGACAUUAACAUAGCAACAUUACAUAUCUCCUGUUAGCCUUUUAGAACCAUUUUCAAACUUUGGUUUUUU